AUGGAAUUUGCAGUUUCUGAAAUGGACGAAGAAAAAUCGGAAUUGCCUUCUAAAGAAAAAAUCUGUUUAGAAAACUUCGAUCAAACUGAUUCCGGCGUAAAACCAGAUGUUUCCCUUACAGAAGUCAGUGAAAUUUUGACUCAACAAGAUGUAAAGCUAAAUGAAGAUACAAUGCUAAGUCAGGAAGAAAUUGAACAAGACAGUAUCGCUCAAAUUGAAACAAAUUCAGUAUUAUUAAAGAAUGAUAAGGAGGAAUAUCAUCAAUUGAUAGAAGGAAACAGUAUUAAUAAAACUCUGAAAAAUUCUACUUCUUUAAGUAAUUUCUCAGAGGUAUUUCUAAAAUGUCAAACAGCUGCUGAUAUAGGCCUUCCACAAGAACAAUGUUUUCAGAAAUCAUCUUCCUAUAAUGAUAUUAGAUUACCAUCAUCAACAUUAUCUGAUUCAUUAUCAUUUAUAUCUUCAUAUGAAAUUUCUAAUUAUGAUAAAGAAUUUGUGACACCAAAUAAAUAUACAAGAUUAAAUACAACAUGCAAUGAUGAGGAAAAAAUACUUUUUAGUACUAACUUAUACACAGAGGCACAUCAAGCAAAACCUUCAGAAGAAACUGUUAUUGCAGAAAAACAUGAAGAUUCUGAAAUUAAAAAUGACAUUAAGAGAAUAGAAGAUGCAGUAAAGCAUUCUAAUAUGAAUGGAAAAUUAAUGGUAAAUAAUGAUCAAGCAGAGGCUUUAUCAAAUUUAAUGAAAUAUGAACGGAACUUUAACAGAGAACAAAAACCUUCUGAAACUGUAAGAAAUUCUAAGAUACAGAGUAACAUAAUCUCUAGACCAACUUUAGUUGAUGACAGCAGAUUGGUGAAAAUUUCACUGCCAACAAAUCCAAUUAAUAUAAUGCAAUCAAAUGCUCAGUUUCUAAACAAGAGUCGUAACUUUUUAAACUUUAUUACAGAAAAAUCAACAAACAUAAUGGAGAAAGCACUCCUACCACAACAUUUGACAAUGAAGUAUAAUUCAGUAAUGAAAUCCAUAGAUAAUACCCGCAGUUCUAGCACAGAAUCCCCUUUGAUAGGUCCAGUAUAUGACAAUGAGUCAGUUUCAGUAACAAAGACAAAAAAUACUUUGUAUGUAGCAAAGGAUUCAAUGAAUGUACAAAAUGAAGAAAAUGAAUGUACAAAAAGUAAUGAAAACAAAAAUGGUUUAGUAACAAAUCCAAAUGAAAAUAUGUGCACAAAUACUGAGAAAAAUAAUAAAUGUGUAUUGACAAAUGAUUGUACCUUGAGUAAUGAUAUUAUUGCUUGUAAAUUGAAUGACACAAAACAACUUGAAUCUUAUUCUGUCAGCAAUGAUAUUAAUAAAAUAAAUGACAAUGCACUAUGUGCAGAAACAAAUGGAAAUUGUACUGUGAACCCUGUAGUAUUGACCUCUGAGGACAAUAAUUUCCAGGAAAGUAUUACCGACAGUAUAGAUCAAAAAGAAAAAGAAAGCACCGAAAUUGAAGAGUCGAAAAGUGGUUUAUUACAACAUCCAGCAUAUCUGACUUUAUUAAAGGACUAUGCGGAUUUGAAAUCUAAACAUUUAAAGUUGGAGGAGAAGGUUGAACAUUUGGAACAGAGAAAUCGAAAUUUAGAAAUAGAAAAAGGAGAAAUCUCUUCUACACAGAUUGAAACUUUGGAAAAGACAAUAAACAGACUUACAUUUCAAUUACAUGCGUCAUUAGUAGCACAGGAAACAUUUAAAAAUGAGUACAAUGCCGCGAAUAAAGAAAGGGAAAGCAUGGUGAUGAAAUAUGCGGUUAGCGAAAAACAACUAAUUGAUACCCAAAGGGCAAAGGAAAACGCAGAACGAAGAGUAAAAGAAAUUACAACACAGCAUGAAGGACUUCAGAGCAGAUUACGAGAGAUGCAAGGGGAGCGAGCUAGAAUAUGCAAUAUUUUGACUGGAAAACAUCGCGAAGUGACGGAUCUCCACAAAGAAGUUGAUAAAUUGAGGGAAGACGUAAAAAUGAGAGAUUUAAAAUUACAAUGGACUCAAAACAAACUUAAGACGGAAAUGGAUUUGCAAAAGGAGACUCAACAAAAAUUAGAUAAAGCUACGACCAGAAUCAAUGAAAUGAAGGAAGAAUGCGAACAGAUACGUAAAGAAACGCAGGAAUCAAUGCGAAAAUUCCAACAAUCAGAAGAGAACAAAGCUGUUACAUUGGAUCAACAAUUAAAGGAGCAACAAGCACGAUUAAUCUUAGAAAGGCACGUUACAGAAGAUAAAGAAAUAUUAAGACUUCAGUUGCAAAAGGAAGUAGAUACAUUGAAGCACAGACAAGAAGUUUUAAUUGAGGAAAACAACACACUUAGCUUAAGGAUACAAGAUGCUGAAAAAAAUCGAUUGAAUUAUGAAAGCAAUCUAAGUAAUUUGAAGAUCAUAGCAGAUCAACGUCAGAAAGAAAUCGUAGAAUUGCUCAGUAAAGUAUCUGAGUUGGAAACGUUAAAAGUUCAAUUACAGCACAAAGAUCAUUACUUGGCAUCGACCGAAACAGAGAUCAAACAUUUACGUUCUGCCAACGAAGAAUUGCAGGCUGAUAUGUCUGCUUGUCGUCAGAAAGAAGCCGAAAUGUUGGACUUUACGCAGAAAUUGACGGAUAAAAACGUACGACUUCAGUCAGAAUUUACGGGCAUUGAAGCUAAAGUAAAACAAUUGGAGCAAGAACAUGGACCAUUACACGAACGUAUAAGCGAAUUAACUGAUAAAAUUAAGACGUUAGAAGAGAGUCUUGCUCAAGAACGAAAAAUGAGAAGCGAGGAAUGUGACGUUUUAACCAGGCGUCUUGCUGAGCAGACGCAAGAGGUACAAAGUCUUGUUCAGCAAUUGGAGGAUAGUCAAGGAGAGAAUGCGGUGUUAAAGAGGAAGCAGCAAAUCAGUAUGAAGGAAAUGACGCGCGAGCUACAACAAUGUCGAAGGAAAUUGGAAGCAUUUGAAACAUCAUCACCUUAUAAUUCAUUGGUUGUUGGAUCUAGAACUGGAUCAAAUCUUUCGUUAAAUACAGGAGAUGCUUUAAAUGGUGCCUUAUCCGAUAACAGUAUCAAUGGUGACCAAAGUAUUCAGCCUAUAGAACCUAGUAAACAAGCGCUAAUAGAACGUAUUAUAAAGUUACAGGAGAGUAACGCUAGAAAAGCCGAGAAACUAGAUUUUUUCGAAGAACAUACUCGAAUCCUAGUUGAAGAGUUGCAGAAAAAGAAGAGAAUCAUACAAAAUUAUAUUUUACAUGAGAAUAUUGGUGCCAUGGGUGGCAAUGAAAGAGAUAAAUAUAAGCAUAUCAAGAGCAGGAGAAAUGCAGCUGAAUUAGCAAAACACGGAGGAAUAAUGGCCUCGGUAUAUAAUCAACGAGUCUCGGAUGACAAUAUGACACUGGAAUUAUCAUUAGAGAUAAAUCAGAAACUCCAAGCUGUUCUCGAAGAUGCAUUAUUUAAAAAUAUCACACUAAAGGAUAAUAUUGAUACUCUCGGUGAAGAAAUAGCGAGGUUAACUAUACAGAACCAACAAAGGCAAAAGACAAACUAA